AUGUCGCUGAUGGCGACUGCCAUUUGUGUGUGUGUGAGCGUGCAUGUCUGCGUGUGUGUGUGUGUGUGUGUGUGUGUGGAGGCAUCGAUCGGUGUCAGGCACUUUUCAAACCAUGGUCCGCAGUUUGGCUGCCCAAAUAUGAUGACUGCGCAACUUGCACAAGGUUCGGAUCAGGAGGGCCAUCUGCUUAAGCGUGGCAAAAACACCAACUCGGCCUGGCGCCGGCGCUACCUGAUUCUGUUUGACAGCAUGAUCGAGUAUCGACGCUCACAGCGGGACGCCGACCCAGCUGGUACCAUUCAGCUCAAGGGCGCGCGCCUCAAUAUCUCCAAGACCCCCGAUCCAUCCAUGGAUCUGCUGGAAAUAUCCUCACCCUCGCAGGCACGCAUGUAUCUGCUGCAGGGUGGUCCACUCCUGAUUCGCGAGUGGGCCCAAGCCAUCAGACAGCAAAUUGCGCUCUUACCUUCUCCGGGUGACGCGAGCGCGAGUGCCUCCUCCUACCACGCUGACACAAAUUCGAUGAUCCUUGUCGAAGCCAAGCCAUCCGCCGCCAGCGAACCCGUCAACCUCGGCACGCGCGCCGGUGGUCAAGUCGUGACACACCUCACAGACCUAAAACGGGGCUGGCUGGAAAAACAAGGCAUUGGCUCGCGAACCUGGAUCUGGCGCUGGUUCAUCUUGCGCUACGGCCGCAUCGACUAUUUCGCCAGCCAAGAGGAUGCCCGGGACCAAAAGAUGCUUGGCUCUAUCGUGCUGGCCGAAGGCGCCAGUUUUUGCUACCCGCAUCCCAAGCGACCCGAGCUCUACUGCCUGGAUAUAUCAUCACCCGUGCAAGGCCGCGUCUUUCACCUGCGUGGGCGCUUUGUCGAUGUGAAGGAAUGGCACGAAACGAUCAAGCAGCGCCACGCAGACGAGCGACCACCCAUGGCCAUGGUACAGGCGAGCAAGGGGCAUUCGGCCAUCGGCGUGAGCACCAAAACCCUGCUUCCGCCUUCUCAGCGAGAUGUGUCGGCAAAAAACAGCAAACUCGGUGACAUUGUGCGCAAGCUGGCCUCGAGCGAGCGCAUGUGUAAAAUGUUCUGUGGGGGUGCCGGCUGCCAAUAUUGCGGUGAUCUCGAGCGUUGGCUGCACAACGAUCAAGCCAUACCAGGCAUCUUCUCAACUUGGAUUACGAACGAUAUUCUGGCCCUGGCCCGCCCAACGCAGCGCGGGGUAGACGAGUUUGGCCUCCUUGACAAAUUGGUGGAGAGUCGCGUGCGCGUUCUUAUCAAUCUCGAGGACCACGGCGAACACGCCAACUGCGGCCAGGGCAACUUACCGGGCGGGUUCAGCUACGACCUUGACGCCUUUGCCGCACGUGGUGUGGCCGUGCACCUUUUUGGCUGGGCUGAUUAUGGUGUGCCCUCCAUGCAAACGGCGUUGACAAUGGUUAAGGUGGCUGCACAAGCCCUGGAUCUUCAAGUCGCGGUGGCCGUGCACUGCCACGCCGGGCUGGGACGCACGGGCAUGCUUAUUGCGUGCAUCCUUGUCUACGUCCUCAAGCUUGUCUAUCCACGAACGUGCGUCGAGGGCUGUGUAGAGCACUUUGCUCAUACGGCGCCAGCCUCGAGUGCGGCCAGCGGAGAGGAGGGUGCUAACACAUUGCGAGCUGUGGAAGUCAAUGGUGACGGUCCCAGCUUGCGAACGUUUGUGAGGCAGGCAGCACAGCUUCACGGUGCCGAUGACCAAGACCAGGAGGUCAAAUUGCCGUUGCUCUCGGCUGUGUACGGCUCGGUGCGUGCCGCCUGCGGUGACCUGGACGCAGAGGCUCUGGCAGCCGAGCUAAAUCGGUUUUGCCGAAGCGUACCCAGCCCCGAGGAUAUGGAAGUGCUGCGGACGCUAAUGGAGCAUGCCAAUCAAGACUUUUGGGUUCCGUGGCGGGGGGUGGAUUUGGCGCAGACGUUGUGGCUGCUGGAGGCCCUUGAGCCCUUGGCCCUUCUCGCAGGCCUUUGGCUGGGUGUGCCACUAGAGGGGGCUGCGCUCGCUUCAGAGGUCAAGCAAGUUCAGUCAAACCUGCGGCAGGCAUCAGCUCCGCUGGCUCAUCCCCUUUUGGAGGAAGCUCCUGUGCGGUAUCGCGCAAAAGCCAGUGAGCCUUCCUCAUCCAGUGAGGUGUGUGUGUGUGUGUGUGUGUGUGUGUGUGUGUGUGUGUGUGUGUGUGUGUGUUUUGAAACGCUUGGGGUCGUGCAACAUGGGAUACAGCAGCUGGAGCUGGUUCUCAGGGUCCUGGUGGAGACCGUGUGGCCAGUGGGCGAGGUGCCGGCAUGGGUGCCAGGCUCAGAGCUCGUCAAGACGGCAGACGCAGAGCCAGACAGAUUCGGUGCUGGUGAGGCGGCAGGGCGGUCGCGGGCCGUUGCACAUGAAGUGGAGCUGGUGGAUGUGUUGCCUGGGGGUGAGGCUGGCGCGGUUGGUGAUGCCAAUGGCGCGUCUGCGAGCCUCGGCUCAGACGCCGACUUGCUGGAUAACGAUGGCCCUCUCGGCCCGAAUGCACCCGGUCUGGAGGAGGACGACGACAUGGCGCCGUUGGAGGAUUACUUUGUUGGCCUGGACCGGAUCGAGCCCGGCGACGACGUCCAGCUUGCAAUUGAGCGCCACGCGAUCGUGCGUGAGGUGCUCCUCGCUCAGGACCUUGUCGUGGACACGUUUCUCACGGGCUCCUGUGCGCGCAACACCGCCAUCAAGCCGUUGCACAACGUUGAGAUGUUUGCCGUGUUCGAGCCCCGUGGCGACGAGCACGACGCCCUCUCCGAGGCACGCGACCUGAUCAACCAGUUUUGCAACGUCCUCAAGCGCGACCUUCCUGACCGCCUGCCGAUUGAAGAAGUCAAUCUUCAGGGGCGCUCCGUGAGCAUCCUCUUCACGGACACCAGCCUCAGCAUCAAUGUCGUACCUUCUUUUGCCGACGGUGACACGUACAAGAUCCCGGACCGCGCCCUCGGCGGCUGGAUCGCCUCAAACCCCAAGGCUGCCAAGGCCGCUACCGAAGAGGCCAACGAGCGUAGCGGUGGCCGCCUUGUGCCACUCAUCAAGCUGGCCAAGCGCUGGAACCAGUUCGCGGGGGAGCGUUCCCGCUUUUAUAAGAACGACCAAGAGCAAGUUCAGCACUUCCCCGAAGGCCAGGAGGUACCCCAGGGCUGGCGCCUGGUCAAGCCCUUUAAGAGCUUCCACCUCGAGGUGCUGUCCGUCACCUUUUUCAAAGCGGCCCCGGCCGAAUCAGAGCGUCGCAACUUUGCCAUUUUGUUGAUGGCCUUGUACCAAAACUUUAUGCUCAACAUCGCACCACCGGGCAUGGCGGGACAGUCUCUCAACGCCUACUUGAUGGGCGCGGCUGGCCAGCCGAAGCACCCCUUCCCGGCAAGCGAUAUCAAUCGCCUGGUGAUGGAGGCCACCAAGGUUGCCAACGACGCCUGGUUCGAUGAGAAGACCAAUCCGACCGAAGCGCACCGUUGCUGGCGCUCGCUCUUGGGCGAUGUCUACUAG